AUGACUUCCGAACUUAAUCGUGAGUCUCAGUCAUCAAGCCAUUCCAUUGUCACGGCUCAUGAGCAGUUGGACACCAUUUGCCCUGUCUCUCUCAAGGGCAACGCGGUCAGUGAAUCUGCCAAUGGGCAGGCCACCCAGGUGGCCAGCAACGACUCUGACCCUCUCGACCUUGGUCGACACCGUCGGUCUAAUAUCUCUCAAAGGCAGAUGAAGAUUGACCACCCCGCUGGCAACAAGAAGCAUAUGAAGAAAUUCUACAACAGGCAGAACGCCCUCAUUGAUCAGUUUCUCCAGAGUGGUGACGAAGAAAGGUUAGCCGCCAUUGACACAUUGGAGAAUGGUCCAAAAGUAAAAUUUGCUGUGAAUGCCUCAUUCACGGUGAACUUCUGCCUUUUUGUCAUCCAGAUGUAUGCUGCGGUUUCAACGGGUUCGCUGUCGUUGUUUGCUACAGCUGCAGAUGCCUUCAUGGAUCUUGUCUCGUCGGUGGUUAUGCUCACAACCUCCCGCAUGGCCUCAAGGCCAAGCGUCUACAAAUAUCCUGUAGGGCGUACACGUAUUGAAACAAUUGGCAUUAUCAUGUUCUGCUGUUUGAUGACAACGGUCGCCAUCCAAUUGAUUAUCGAAUCUGGUCGUACCCUCGGUGGUGGACCCAAAGACUCGGAGCAGCUUCAUAUUAUCCCACUAGUUUUUGUUGGAGUUGCUAUAUUCUCUAAGGGCUCCUUGUGCAUCUACUGUUUCCUCUUCCGUCGCUACCCAUCCGUACACGUCUUCUUCAUUGAUCACCGAAAUGAUAUCGUGGUGAAUAUAUUCGGCCUCACCAUGUCUAUUGUUGGGACUCGUGUCGCUUGGUAUGCUGAUCCAAUCGGCGCCAUCCUCAUCGGAGUCCUGAUAUUGGUCUCCUGGGCUGCUAAUGCUUUCGACAAUGUUUGGCUUUUGGUGGGCAAGUCAGCGCCUAAGGAAUUCAUUUCCAAGCUUAUCUACCUGGUCGUCACCCAUGACAACCGCAUCCGGAAAGUUGAUACGUGCCGAGCCUACCAUGCCGGACAAAACUAUUAUGUGGAGGUGGAUAUUGUCAUGGAUGAAGAAGCUCCACUCAAGGUCACUCACGAUGUCAGCCAGUCCCUGCAGCGGAAGCUUGAAGGUCUUGCCGAUGUUGAAAGAGCUUACGUACACGUCGACUACGAGGACGAGCACGACAUCAAUGAGGAGCACAAACCAUUAUACGACGUUACCGAAAAGCGAUCCAUCAAGCAACGCGUUAAGGAGAUGAUGUCCUUCUCGAAGAAGGAUGAUGCCUGACCUUCAUUUAACGCCGGCCGUAUUUGAGACCUUAUACAACACCUAGGAGUUUGGCAGUAGUAGCUAAAGCCUGAGAACCGCUUCGUGUCGGAAAGACUUUCACAAAAGCCAUUAAGUGUAUUCUGGAG